AUGACAAUACCCAUGCCUACAAAAUCUAACUCCCACCACCCAAGGAAAGCACUUGGGCUAUAUACAUGUUUUCUUGUGCUGCAGUUGUGUUUUCAUGCCGAGCCAUGCAACGGUUUCUCAGCUCCAGCUGUCAAUGGAGAUUCCAGUGCCGCCAAGAGUGCGGGUAGUCAACAGCUCCAAAUUGCGUUUGUCACGGGAAAUGAAAUGAAGGCCAGGGAAUUGAAUAUGAUUUUGGCCGAGUGCACCCAAGACGAUGUUACUCAUCGUUCUUCCUCGGAUGAUAACAAUGAUAAUGCCAAGGAUGCCAAUGACAGCACUACGGUCAAUUCUUCCUUUGUCAAUCUCCGCGUGAUCACGGUCGAUUUGCCCGAAAUUCAAGAAGUCAAUACGGAAGCCAUUGCCAAGGAAAAGGCAUUGCUGGGAGCGCAAUUGGCAGGAGGACCUUGCGUGGUGGAAGACACGUCCCUACAAUUCACCGCCUUGGGAGGCAUGCCGGGUCCCUACAUUAAAUGGUUCCAAGAACGAUUGGGCAGUGAAGGACUCUACAAUAUAUUGACAGCCUACGAGGACAAAUCCGCCCAAGCCGUCUGUACACUGGCAUUUUGUCCCUAUCCACAUGCCGAUCCCGUCUUGUUUACUGGAGUGACACAUGGGACCAUUGUAAAGCCCGUACCGGGACGUGGAUUUGGAUGGGAUUCCAUUUUUGUACCCGACAAUUGCGAUAAUGCCGAGGAGGAUGAAAACUGCACCCCUGAGCAAAGGAAACCCUUUAGUUUAAUGACGACCGAAGAAAAGAAUCAAAAGUCGCAUCGAGGCAAAGCCGUACGACAAUGGGCGGCUUGGUUGCGACGGAAUCAAAACGAAUUGUGGGAACGACAAGGUGGAAGACCGGCGAUUGGACACAAAGGACUGGAUUUCAAAUGCACCAGUGUGGAAGAAUGA